ACUUAAAGUCCGCCCGAGCGCUAUUUCUGCCAGUUCUUAGAGCGUCACACACACCUGAUAUUCCCAACUCCUGGGGGUUCGGUGGGGUGCUCUGGGGGAUGCAGGAGGGACUUCCGGCCGCGGCUGACACUUUCCCCCGCCCCCACUACCCCGGAGAACCGGUCCCGGAGACCUCCCUCUCCUCCCGGCCAUUUCCCUGGUCCUGCCGUACGUGCUGCUUCUGUUGCACGAUGGCGUCCGCCUCGGCCCAGGCUGCGGCCCUGAGCGCCGAACAGGCCAAGGUGGUCCUGGCCGAGGUGAUCCAGGCGUUCUCGGCCCCCGAGAACGCCGUGCGCAUGGACGAGGCUCGGGACAACGCGUGCAACGACAUGGGCAAGAUGCUGCAGUUCGUGCUGCCCGUGGCCACGCAGAUUCAGCAGGAGGUCAUCAAGGCCUAUGGCUUCAGCUGCGACGGGGAAGGUGUCCUGAAGUUUGCCCGCUUGGUCAAGUCUUACGAAGCCCAGGAUCCUGAGAUUGCCAGCCUGUCGGGCAAGCUGAAGGCACUGUUCCUGCCGCCUAUGACACUGCCACCCCACGGGCCUGCUUCAGGUGGCAGCGUAGCCGCCUCCUGAGAGCUGGCCUCCCCUGUGCCGUUGCCUGGGAAGGGAGGAUCUCGGUGUCCCAGUGGAUAAUAAACAUGCCUGUGAUUUA